AUGUGUUUUGUGUCUCUGGGACACAGCUUUACAGGUCGUAUGGAUGUGAUGCCUUCAGAUGGCUCAGCAGUUGAGUACACAGGAGAACCUGGAAAAAGUUUUACUUGGAAAUCAUAUCUUAUUAGGCAUCACAAAGUUCACACAGGAGAAAAAGCAUUUUCAUGUUCUGAAUGUGGGAAAUGUUUUCCUCAGAAAUCCUCUCUUAUUACACAUCAGAAAAUUCAUACAGGAGAGAAAUCAUUUUCAUGUUCUGAAUGUGGGAAAUGUUUUACUCAGAAAUCAUCUCUUAUUACACAUCAGAAAAUUCAUACAGGAGAGAAAGCAUUUUCAUGUUCUGAAUGUGGGAAAUGUUUUACUUUGAAAUCAUUACUUAUUAGGCAUCACAAAGUUCACACAGGAGAAAAAGCAUUUUCAUGUUCUGAAUGUGGGAAAUGUUUUACUCAGAAAUUAUCUCUUAUUACACAUCAGAAAAUUCAUACAGGAAAGAAAGCAUUUUCAUGUUCUGAAUGUGGUAAAUGUUUUACUUUGAAAUCAUAUCUUAUUAGGCAUCACAAAGUUCACACAGGAGAAAAAGCAUUUUCAUGUUCUGACUGUGGGAAAUGUUUUCCUCAGAAAUCCUCUCUUAUUACACAUCAGAAAAUUCAUACAGGAGAGAAAGCAUUUUCAUGUCCUGAAUGUGGGAAAUGUUUUACUCAGAAAUCAUCUCUUAUUACACAUCAGAAAAUUCAUACAGGAGAGAAAGCAUUUUCAUGUUCUGACUGUGAGAAAUGUUUUACUCUAAAAUCAUGUCUUAUUACACAUCAGAAAAUUCAUACAGGAGAGAGAGAAUUUUCAUGUUCUGACUGUGGGAAAUGUUUUACUCAGAAAUCCAAUCUUAUUGAACAUCAGAAAAUUCAUACAGGAGAGAAAGCAUUUUCAUGUUCUGUCUGUGGGAAACGUUUUACUCGGAAAUCAUAUCUUAUUAUGCAUCACAAAAUUCACACAGGAGAAAAGGCAUUUUCAUGUUCUGACUGUGGGAAAUGUUUUACUCAGAAAUCCAAUCUUAUUGAACAUCAGAAAAUUCAUACAGGAGAGAAAGCAUUUUCAUGUUCUGUCUGUGGGAAACGUUUUACUCGGAAAUCAUAUCUUAUUAUGCAUCACAAAAUUCACACAGGAGAAAAGGCAUUUUCAUGUUCUGACUGUGGGAAAUGUUUUACUCAGAAAUCAUGUCUUAAUAGGCAUCACAAAAUUCACACUGGAGAAAAAGGAAUUUUCAUGUUCUGACUUUGGGAAAUAUUUUUUUUGGAAAUCAAAUCUUAUUGAUUAUCUGAAAAUUCAUACAGGAGAGAAAGAACUUUCAUGUUUUGGCUGUGGAAAAUGUUUUACCAGAAAAUCAACUCUUAUUGAUCAUUAGAAAAUCAAUACAGGAAAGAAAGCA